AUGGACCACAAAAUCGAAGCAGAGCUGGGUCCGCUCCUCGUCAUCUGCUACACGAACCAUGCCUUGAACCAGUUUCUGAGGCACCUCCUCGAUGUUGGAAUUCACAAGAUUAUUCGAACUGGUGGCCAGAGUCGCGCCGAGGAGCUCGGAGGCAAGAACCUCCGGGUCGUGAACAGGGCCAUCGCCAAGACCACCGUCGAAAACCGCAUUCUGGGUCAGAGUUAUUCAUACCUUGAAGAGUGUUUCGAAGUUGCCGAAGCCCGCCUGAAGCCCCUCCACGACGCUCGCAGGGCUCGACUCAGCUGGGACAGCCUCCGACGCUUCUUGCAGCGGCACUACCCAAUCAUCGCGGGUCAGUUCCAAGCUCAAGAUGAGGAUGAUUUAGUCCUGGUUGGCGGCGACACUGGUAAGGAACCUGUUGAUGACCCCGACCUCAACGUGGCAGAGCUGGCACUCUGGGCUGAGCAGAACAUCAACUCCCUCACGCACAGAGAGCGGUUUGAGCCCAUUGAGGAAGCCGAAGACUCUCGAGAACGGAUUCAUGGCAUCUACGACGAUGUCAACCGUCGGGCUCUGUUACAAGCCGAUGUCCUAGGCGUCACAACCACGGGGCUGGCUCAAAAUAUCAAGAUGUUGCGCUGUCUUGGACUCAAAAUCAUUAUCUGCGAGGAGGCAGCUGAAGUGAUGGAGCCUCAUGUCAUAUCUGCCCUCAUGCCUGGGGUUGAGCACUUCAUCCAGAUCGGCGACCACCGACAUCUUCGGCCGCAGAUCCAAACUUACCUAAACUUCAGCUUGGAAACGCCUGUCGGAUGCGCGUAUCAACUUGACCGCAGUCAAUUUGAGCGCCGUGCCGUGGGCGAACCGAAUCUUCCGCCGCUGCCGGUGGCACAGCUCAACCUCAUCCGAAGGGUGUACCCGAAUCUUGAGGAUCAUGACUGUGUCGAGAACCUUCCAUCGGUUGUGGGGAUGCGAGACAACCUCUUCUGGCUUACACACAACCACCCCGAAGACUCGAGAGACGAUGGUUUCCAAGUCACGUCACACAGCAACCUGUGGGAGGUCGACAUGGCAGCGGCGUUGAUCCGGCACCUGGUCUUCCUUAGCGACCGCAAUUUGGACACACUCGCAAAGGAAGAGUCGCGGUCGAAGCCCGAGGAAGAACAGACGGCUGCUGCGGGGCUCAGGAAGGCCGUUGAGAAGAAACAACUUCUGCAGACCAUCCGCCUGGCGACCGUUGACAACUUUCAGGGCGAGGUGGCCAAGGUCAUCAUUGUGUCCUUGGUUCGCAGCAACAACAAUCGCAAAGUUGACUUCCUCCGCACCGAGAACCGCAUCAACGUGCUGGUCAGCCGGGCUCAACACGGAAUGUACCUCACUGGGAACACAAAGACUUACAGAACUGAGAGGAACGCCGUGGGAACGUCCAUCGCCCUGCUGUGUCCCCGUCACCCAGAUACACCGCUUCUCUGUUCCGAGCUUGAGGACUUCACCAUCAAGAGCCCCGACGGCGGCUGCACCCUCAUCUGCGACAAGAGGCUUGAGCCCUGCGGCCACAGGUGUCCGGCACGGUGCCACUCCCGGCGCCUUCACGAUGCGUUCAACUGCUUGCAACCCUGUCCCAGGAUUCGUUCGGCGUGUCAGCACCCGUGCCCAAAGCUCUGUGGUCAGGAACGCGGGCCAUGCACUGCUCAGGUCGACGGCGUCAAGUUGCCCUGUAACCAUGUCCAUGACAAGGUGGAGUGCCACAGUACGUCGCUGUCGUCCGCGAUUCAGUGUUCUCGACAAGUCGAGAAAAAGGUACCAGGGUGUGUGCACACUGUCGCUGUGCCAUGCUAUCAGGAUGUUACGUCCAAGUUCUUCCGCUGCCCAGCCCUAUGUACCGAGGAUCUCAACUGUGGACAUCAGUGUCCGGGCACUUGCGGACGAUGCAGAGCGCAAGAUGACCAAGGCAAAAUCAGCUUCCAGCAUCAACAGUGCAACACCACGUGCGGGCGGCCGUACGGAGCCUGCGAUCACCGUUGUUCAAAGCCCUGUCAUGAGGGAACUGGAUGCGCGAUUUGUUCAAAGAGGUGUGAGGUCGAAUGCCCUCAGUCUCGCUGCCACCAAGAAUGCCAGAAACCCUGCACGCCCUGCAUUAAAUCGUGCACCUGGGCUUGCGAACACCAAGGGGCCUGCUCAUUGCAAUGCGCGGCGCCAUGCAACCGUCUGCCCUGCAACAAACGAUGUACACUCCAGCUGAGAUGCGGCCACCAGCGUCCGAGUUCUGCGGAGAGGAGUGUCCACAAGACGUACCUCAUGAAGUUCAAGACGUACGGCAAAAUCGACCUAAACGACACUCCCAUAGCUGUUCUUGGAUGUGGCCACUUCUUUACUGGCGAGACCCUCGACGGUCUGGUUGGAUUGAACAGCGUUUAUAUUACCGACAAGCUCGGCAACUACACCGGUCUUCAGGAGCUUUCCGGAGAGUUGACUUCCAUUCCCGCUUGGCCGGACUGCCGGGUGCCAAUCCGCCAGUUUGCCACCAAACGCUGCAACCGCGUUGUCAACAAGACUGUCCUCGACGCGACCUCAAAGAGAUUCUUGGUUGGAGGACGUGAGAAGUUGGCUGAACUCGAGAAGCAGGUAGCAGAAGUCGAGGAACAACUUUCCUCUUCCAGAGAGUCCACAGCUUCGGAGCUGCUGGGCACGACGGCUGCACUCCACCAGCUCGCCAAGAAGCUGGAUAGGGAGACGGGAAGGCUGCGAAAGGAGAUGAACGCAGAGCAUCAACAGACGAAGAAGCUCUUUGACGCAGUCAGGAGCUUCCAACGGCCAAUGCUUCGAGACACUUUCACCCUCCUCUCCGAGUGCAAAGGCACACUGACGCCUUCACACGUCCCGGGAGGACCACCAGACAAGCGCAGUGCUCGUUUCCUCCGGCAGUGCAAAGCCCUCAUUGCUGGUGCCACCGAGGCCAAACUCCCCCGCCUCGUCAUCCCCACCAUUCUCUCGUACGCCCGCAUCGCCCAACUCGAGGGAUGGUACCGCAAACAGCAGACGAAAGAAGAGGACACGACCGAAAUCGCACGCCGUCUCCUGGUAGACGCAGUGGCAAUGUGUGACAGCUUCCCGAGUGGGCAGGACUACCACAGCGAGGUGGACGACACCGUGCGUUUGUUCGAAGGGCCGAGGUACGAGACCGUCACGUCACAGGAGGUCACGGCCAUCAAGUCGGCCAUGGUUUCGGGCCCAGGCGGGAUCGCGACUCACUCGGCGCAUUGGUAUAAAUUUCGCAAUGACCAUCAGUUCGCCAUCGGGGAGUGUGGCAUGCAGCUCGCGAGAUGUCUUGAAUGUGGGGAGACCAUCGGAGGCCUGGACCCUGAGGCGAUGGAUAGAACACAGAGGGAGCUGCAGAUGGAGAUGGCUUGA